AUGUACAGUGAGAAUUUUGUGACGGAUGAGGAAACAGAUGAUAUUAUCAAGCUCGUUAGUGCGACAACCAAUGUCGAAGAAUUAAUCCACAAGCUAGGGUCUGGGAUUGAUGUUGGGCAAGAUCAACAGGUUAAUCAAUUUCUGAAAACGUGGAGGAAUACUAACACCAUGGAUAUAUCAAUCACAUUCUCUGGCAAAAUAAAGAAUGAUGUUCGUGAUACGCUACGAAAUGCCCUCAGAGAAAUUUCCUUUGGUGAAUGUAUCGUAGGCAAGGCAGCUCAGAAAUCUGUGUAUCAAGUAGAAUUGGCUGACGUAGCUUUCAACUUAGUAAUGAAAGAUGUUCUUCCUCUGAUCAAAGAUUUGUCGCUGAAACAAGAGAAAGUACGGAAGUACGUUAACCCGAAGCCGGCAGAAAAUAAAGGAAUCCUGUGUUUGGUUCUUUCGUUUGCGAAGGACCAAUAUACUGGAAUGGAACGGAAUCGCAUGUGUGAAGUACUGAAGAAUGUAGGUUUAAUUGAUGUCGCUCGUUCACUACACUUAGAUUACGAACUCACCUUGACUGAAUUAAUCAACAUCGCAUCACACAUCACGAAUGACAAAAUGGAUUGCUUUCUGAAACAUCUUGGGUUCAUGGAGGAAGAGUUGAAAGGAUGUCUUGAUGAAAAAGGCGAUAUAGACCGUGUUAAGACCAUGGUACUUUGGAAGCAGCAUAUCUACCCUGUUUGGCCGGUCUACUAUUAUCCUUACCGAAACAAACUUGCUGCUGCUCUGAGGGCUGCUGAACAAGAAGAACUCGUAAAUGAAGUAUUAUCAGGUCGUCAUCAAAGCAAGAAACCACAUCCAGUCGCUCUUCACAAUAUUUUUAGCAGAUUGAAUGAUGAAAUGAUUUCCAAGUUAGCUGGUCUUCUUCAGGCAGGUACACCUGGAAACCGUGACAUCGAUAAUACCGUAUCACGAUUGACCAACUGGGUGACAGAAUGGAUGGACAAGUUUGAUCCAAAUGAUACCGGAUUCUUGUCAAAUCCUAUGAAGGAGCGUAAGAAGAUGAAUGACAUGCUUUUCACCAACGGAUUCUACGAGCUCGCCAAGGAAAUCAUGUUACUAGAGAGAUGCCAUCAACAUUCUUCUUAGUCCUAUCUCUAAUUCUUAGUGCUGUCAAAGAUUGCAGACAGACUCUCAAAUCGAAACGUUAAGU